AUGACACUCUACAACGCUUGCAUGGCCGCUUUUGAUGCAUUGCCCAUUUGUGCUGUCAUUGAUUCACAUUUUCUAUGCAUGCAUGGUGGUAUUUCACCCGAUAUUCGUACUCUAUCUGAUAUUGAAAAACUCGAUCGUUUUGUGGAAAUACCUGAUUCAGGUCCUCUUUGCGAUUUGCUUUGGUCUGAUCCAUGUGAAGAUUUUGAUCAAAUGGAUGAGAAACAACCAGAUUUUAAACCGAAUGAUGUCCGUGGAUGUUCUUACUUCUUUUCUUAUUAUGCUUGUCGAAAAUUCUUAUUACGAAAUAAUCUUUUAUCAAUUAUUCGCGGGCACGAAGUGCAAAAAGAUGGUGUCAAAUUCUUUCGAAAAUCCUCUAAAACCAAUUUUCCUGUCUUAAUUUCCCUAUUUUCAGCACCUAACUAUUGUGAUGUAUACGAUAAUGUUGCUGCUAUACUCAAAAUCGACUCAAAUCAAAAAAUGUCUGUUGUACAUAUUGAAGCAUAUGAGCAUCCAUUUGUUUUACCUAACUAUGAAAAUGGAUUUCAAUUUGGCGAACGAUUCAUUUUAUAUUAUACUACUCAUCUAUUGUUUUCGCUUUUCAAUAUUUAUUCACCAGAAGAAUUAGCUGUCGAAGAUGGACGUCAAGAUAAAACUGGUGUUGAAUUAUUGAAUAAAAAACGAUUGAUUGAAACAAUGGAUCGAGCGUAUAAUGAAUUGAAAGAAACAAAUAAUAUUUUACUUAAUUUAGCUGGACUAACACCUUCUUAUCAUGUUUAUAAAGAUUUAUUAGCUCAGCCUGAUGUUCAAACAUUGAUCACUAAAGCUGAAAAGGGCACAAUUAAAAAUUAUGAACACGUUGAAGAAUUAGAUCGCAUAUUUGAACGACGACCAAGCAUAUGA